AUGCUGCUCAGUGGGCGGCGGACCCAGCACGCGGCGCAGCAGACAGCAGAGGCAGCAGGCCUCACCUUCGCCGGCCAGCAGCUGGCGGCAGUCACCAGCUUCAAGUAUCUCGGCAUCGCCUUUCACUCCAGCACCUGCCUGGCAGGGGCAGCAGCGCCAGCCCGGGCACAGCUGGCGCGCCUGGCUAUGCACAACUGCCGGACCCGCUGCGCAGAGGUGGGCAUCGAGGCGGCGCCCGUCCAGCUGCGGCUUUUCGGCACCAUGGUGGACUCGGUGCUGUCCCAUGGUGCUGAGGUGUGGGGCGUGCAGCUGGCGUGCUGCCAUCGUGGCAGUGCCGGCAGCGCGGCCGAGAAGCUGCAGCUCAGCUACCUACGCCACCUGCUGGGGGUCCGGCAGAGCACCCCCAAUGCGGCCCUCCUUGCGGAGACUGGCGAGCGCCCGCUGUGGCAGCGCUGGCUGCGGCGGGCAGCCAAACUCUGGAACAAGACGCUGGAGGAGCGUCCCGGCAGCCUGUUGCAGCAAGCGCUGUUGUCCAGCGUGCAGCUCGCAGAUGGCGCCCACUUCCUGGCACAGCAGUCCUGGGCUGCCCAGCUGGCGGCCGGUCUCGCAGCGGUCGGCAUGCAGCUGGACCUGCAGCAGCCAGCACCUGUUGACCUCGGCGAGCUGGGGGAAGCUGCGCAGCGCCGCCAGCUGCAGCUGCAGCUCCAGCUGGCGCAGCUCCAGGAGGCGCUGGCGAAGGGCGGCGCCAGCCGGCUGGAGCACUAUGUGCACAACGUGGUGGGCGCCCUCAACCUGGCGCCCGCCAUGUUUGGGCAGCGCGAGACCUACCUGGAUGCGGUACGGCGUCGGCAGGACCGCGAGGCGCUGGCGCAGCUGCGCACCGGGUCGCAUUGGGGCGCGGAAGAGACCGGCCGCUGGACGCGGCGCCCCCGAGAGCAGCGAGUCUGCCCCCACUGCCACGACGGCAUUGAAGAUGCCCCCCACAUGCUGCUCACCUGCCCCCUUUACGCCCCGCUGCGCCUCAACUUUCCUGACCUGUUUGCUGAGCCCCAUCCUCCCCACCGCUUCCUCCGCCAGAAACCGUGCCGCCUCGCCGCCUUUGCUGCCGCCUGUCAUCAUGGCGGUCAGCCAGCGCUGAUCAGCGCUGGCUGA